AUGCACAAAAGCAAAAGUACUGCCCUUAUAGUAACUACUGAUUGUGAUUUGACAGAUGAUGGUAGAGAAAUCCUCAGAGAAGAAGAAUUUCCUGAAGAGGCAUUUUUGGGCCACACUAGUCCAAUUACUCGGUGCCGGUUUUCUGCGUCUGGGAACAAUAUAGCUAGUGCAUCUGUAGAUGGCACUGUCAGGAUAUGGACAUAUGACUCAUCAAUUCCGGCAUCUAGAAAUGCGACCAUAUAUUGUGGAGCUGAGAUAAUGUCACUUGACUGGGAAUGCAAAUCUGACCGUUUGCUUCUCAUAGGCACUGCUGAUGGAGGCAUUAAAGCGUGGAGUGUUGAUGCAAAGAGAGUUGUCUGUGAUCUGAAUACAAUUGCUGUGUGUUCCAAGUGUCUUGGAUUUAAAGUGCAGCCCUGUAGAACCAAUAUUUGUUUCUGCCGCAUCAUCACGGAGACGGUACUUCCUCUUGGUGAAGAUCCGCCUGCAAUUACUUCCCUAUGCUUCAAUCACAACAGGAAUAUUUUAGCUGCCUCUGCCACUGAUGGAAUGAUUCACAUGUUUGACAUGUCUGCUGGUUUACAAAUCACCGGGUGGCCCGCACAUGAUUCUGCAAUAAGCUCACUUCUUUUCGGUCCCGAUGAGACGAGCAUUUUUAGCUUGGGCUCAGAUGGAAAGAUAUUUGAAUGGAGCUUGCAAAACCAAGGUCGUAUCCUUUGGUCGAAAACUUCUAACUGGUUUUCCGACUCUGAGACAUCAAAAUACUGUAGACAUGAAAUGACAUUGGAUGCCAACGGAAGACAGCUACUAGUAACAUCUGGUUCUGUAAGAGCGCCCAUAUAUCUGGUACAAGGCCAUUCAAGCGGGUUCAGAACUCUUCCCCACAGUGCAGCUAUAAUAACCGUGGAUUGGCACCCAACUUUGCCGAUUUUCUUGACUGGAUCAGCCGAUAACUCAGUUCGAGUAACUUCCAUACUGUGAAGACACCAUUACGUCUAAUAUGUCUUAAUGGUUUGCUGAUUUUGUUCGCCGGUUCCAGGUAAACAGAGCCUAGUGGUAGGCCGAGGGUUUGACAAAAAUCUUAUAUUCCAUUUUGCAUGCAUGUUUGAGCAUGCCAUUCGUUGCCAGGGGUUGGAAGAGCUAUCUCGGCAGUGACGAUGUAAUUCAUUGAAUGUCUGCACUUCAAAUAUAGUUUUGCCAUUUAAUUGUAAAUUAUUAGACUUUUAAA